AUGGUGUCUCUUACAGUUGGCGACGUGUCGGGCAUGAUCGCUGCAGCGGUGUUUGUUUUGCAGUUGUUUCCCCCGCUGGCGAUUCCGGUUAUCUUAGCUGCUUUUGUGAGUGAUACAAAUUCUGUGAUUACAUGGUCAGUCCUAGGACGACUAUUGCAUUCUUCACACUGGCCUACCAUCCUGAGAACGGAGACCGCCGCCUCAUCGCGGGUCGAAAAGCGGAUCUGGUUCACUUCGAAUUUGCAGACCGUAGCCUUAGGCAUAAUAUCAAUUGCAUCGAUUGUCACACCGCUAGGGUUGUAUGAGACCAUCGAGCCCGCCUCUUCGCAAACUACGACAUCGUUCUCGUAUUUUCAGGACAUAUCGGCCUUUGGCCAUGGCACACCUCUAAGGCCUAAUGCACCAUUUACUCGACGCUGUGCCUCGGGAGCCUGUCCCGGCGCUUCGACGAGUCAGAACUGUUCAACAACAGGGCUGCUUACAACAUGCAACUCAACAACUGACGCUAGAAUACCUAUAGAUCUACGGAAUCUAUUCCGCGACGGUGCGGCCGCUUUCAGUCCUUCGGUAUCGAGCAUAUUUGACAUACAAUGGCGAACAUAUUUGAGUAUAAAUGACACGAGUCAAUAUUUGGUAGGAAACGUCCGACCGCUAUCGAUCCUGAUUCUUGACGAAAAUAUCCAACUGGUCGAAGGACUCAUUGUAGAUAUGGAGACUGGAGGAAUUGGCUUUCGCAACCAUACCGGCCCGGCGUUAACGAGCACCUACGGAAGCACCUGGCAAGAGGAUAUACUGUUCAUUGAACCCGAAACCGAAUGCGUGAAUUUGAACUGGACGAUUGAUUUCGGAGUUGAUUAUCGCGACUCCUAUCCUCUCCCAAAUAUGGUAAAUCCAGUAAUAACCGACCGCGGAGGCUUUUCCAAGCUGCAGCGUCCCGCACCAUCACUUAACGCAUCUAUAAACGGGCAAGGGGAUCUCGGCUUGGCAGAUCGUGCAUACAAGGCUGCGUGGCUCAACAAUUUUCUGACCUUGGCGUAUUACAACGGAACAGAUCCAGACCCGGGGAAUAUCACUCGUAUGGAUGUGAAAGAUGGGCAAGUAUUUCCUUUUCUAUCAUCUACCCCGGCCUUGGUGUUUGAUGCUUUCCAAUAUGUCUGGACAAAUAUGACAUAUGGGUGGUAUCUUCCAUUUAACCAAUCGAACACAACUGUCAAUCCGGUUAAUGGGGUUGGUGUAGAUGAAUUUGCAGCCAUUAACCAGAUGUGUGGGGGGUCGGCAUAUGACAGCCCCGCCAGUAUUGACACCAGUAUAGUAGGCUGUGCUCUCCUUUACGGCGCUGCUUAUCGAACAGACGGCGGGAAUAAUCUGAUUCCAGACCAAGGGUCGCAGUGGUCUGUGCCAAUCCACAGCUGCGCGAGUGCUCUUAAAAGCACUGUCCGAGCAGUUACCUUCCAAUACAACGGGACGGGCCUCCCAGCACUUACCGUGAGUUCCGCGGUUCCCAAGGUUUACCAGAAUGUCUCCGAACUUCCUCGCUGGGCAGUCGAAAAUCUUGACGAUUUCUCCAUAAACGACGCAAAGCCAGCAUGGGGAGUGGUAGGAACAUCGAACUCGAGUGCUAGCCUAUCAUCUUCAUCAUACAACAUGUCUACAGUCGUCGCAGAGAGUCUGUAUCUACCAGGUUAUAUGGACAGUUAUUAUAGCCUCUUGAAUGGUCCUAACGAUAUGAGUACUAGUAUUUACAAUUUUCCCGGGGUGACAUUCUAUCAACAGGCUUUAUUCAGUGCGCUGAAUGUUUUUCCUAUCGGAACAAGGAACUACGCAGCUCAGUUACCCGACUAUACAGGACGUACCAGCCUUGCCUUGUUCGCCAAAUGGCAAAAUAUGUCCCAAUCUCUUGAAGGCACCGCAGGAAUAAUCAAUCUAAUCUGGACUGAUCUAGCCGCCAGCCUCGUGGUAGGCACCAAAGGAUGGGGACUGAAUGCGAGUAGUAUUCGCUACCGAAUACCGUAUGCGGUUCCGGCAAUUGUGGUUCUUAGUAUCGUUCUGGCUCUAAUAUCCACUCUGGUGGUCCUCCUGGUGCUGCAUAGAACCGGAUCUCAGAGAAUGCGCCGUUUACUUGAUGCUACUGCUGCUGGAAGAAUAAUGGCUCUCCUGUUGUGGCCGAAGGAGAGUGAUGCGGCUUCAAAGGAAUGGGUCCGUGACGUCCAGGAUCGAAAAGUUAGGAUUACAAGUGAUGGUAUUUUUGGAGAUGAUGAGGAUCACCAACCUGACACAAAAACUGAUACAACUGAUUCAAGCGGAGGCGUAGAAAUGAAUGAAACAGCGGAGUCUACAAUGGUCGCGACUGGUCGUGACCCCUCCCAAGGAAAGGCUAGACUCGCAGCAGCAGGAAGUGAAGAACAAAGUAAAGUAAUUCGAUGA